AUGUCCAGCUACAGUCGGCCACCGAUCGUUUCACUCAACCUCGCACAACUGGACAGGGACACCGCACUUCACCUACCAUGUUGCAGCAUCCUACUCCGCCAAGCACGAUCGCUUCGACGCGGAGCGAAACCUGUUCACGCGACCGCUUUCCGACCCCAGCAAGAGCAGGUUUACAAAUUUCAGGGAGUGCAAGCAGGCCAGAAACAAGCGAAGUCGGGCAAAAAGCGGGCAAGACGCCUUCUUCUUCAGCCAGACGGAGUGGGAGGGUGGAUCGAGUCUGGAUUGGACCCCGCCGACUUCUCCCAUGGCUUGUGCGAGUUCAUGGCCUGCGCAGCACGCUCAUGGCCGCACGGCUCUAACACGGCGUCGUUACAUCCGAGGGAUCUACUCCAGGAAGCAUACGACCAGGUCACCGUAGACGACAGGAUCGAAGGCGGUGGCAGCACUGCAUGUUUGGCCGUUGCAGAACCAGACGGCAACGUCGAGGUGGCCAACCUGGGCGACUCGGGAUUCAUGCAUUUGGGGUUGAACGCAGUGCGACAUAUCACGCAGCCCCAAACGCACGCCUUCAAUACCUUCUAUCAGCUCUCUAAAACCCCGCAACGCAUGCUCGUGCAAAUGGCCAUACUGUAUCUAGCAUCUAUUCACAGGUAUCGCAUACCAGCUCGUUCCCGACGACCCGCUCAUCGACGCCACGCAAUGCGGCCUCCAUGCCUCGCUCAUGAAGACAAUCGGCACGAAUUCGAUCCGUGUUUACCAUGUUGA